AUGCUUGGCUCAUUGAUUUCUAUGCUCCUUGGUGUUGGACACUGCCAUGCCUUUGCACCAGAGUUCGCCACUGUAGCCCAGAGGUUGGAGGGUCGGGUCAAGUGUGGGAAGGUGAACUGUGAUGUGGAGCGUGUUGUGUGCCAGCAAGCAGGAGUCUCAGCGUAUCCGACUGUACAGUGGUACCGGCCGUCGUCGCGCCAGAACUCGCGGCCAGGAGAUCACCACUCAGCAAGCAGACAAAAUCGUCAACUUUGUCCGAGGACCAGCUGA